CGACAGGGGGCGGCAAAGUACACACCUCGUGUUUGGACCUCCCUCCCGCGAAGAAGACAAUGCUCCGGACGACAAGGCUGGGGGAAAAAAAAAAGCCAAGAAGAAACUAGUCUCAUUUCCAACAACACAAUGGAGCUAAAAUGGACAAAUACUCUUCCCAGGAGCCUUAUAUUGACUGGAUUUGUGUUUUGUGUCCUGUCAGUGUCAAAACCGUCACUGGCAGUCGAGGUCUUUGCCGACUCGGAAAUCGUAGUGGAGAACGGGACCGCCGGAGUUCUCCGCUGCACCUUUAAGUCCAGCGAAGUGGUCAGCGCCAAAAUUACGGUGUCAUGGAGCUUCCAGUCCAAUCAGCCCGACACACAGUUUUCCAAAGCGGCGCAUGGGUUCUUCUACUUCUCCAACAACCAAGCGGACACAGACCCGAAAGUGUUCCAAGACCGAGUGCAAUUCGUUGGCGACAUCAACAAGAAGGACGCCUCGAUACGAAUCAACCCGACCCAGUUCAGCGACAACGGCACCUACUUCUGCGCCGUAAAGAAUCCGCCGGACAUCUCGGGGACGCAGGCUCGUGUUGAGCUGCGGGUGGUGUCGAGAGGCUCUCUUCCUCAGAGCAACACCCCUGUUAUUGUCGGAGCGGUCUGCGGCGCUCUGUUCCUGUUGGUGCUCAUCCUCAUCAGCAUAUGCGUUGUUAUGAAGGUGCUUCACAAUCGCAACGAUUACGAAGGCUGUAUAACCUUGGAAAGCACGCGCUCUCCGCCUCCGCCGCCCAAAAAGAAGGCGGAGCCAAAGCUGCAGGGCCCCAGGAGUACCAGCCCCUCGGGUCAAGUCCAGGUAGGAGCCGAGGGACCAACGCAUACCGGCCCGGUGAUAUACGUCCAGUUGGAUCACUCGGGCAGCAGAAACUCCUUCCACAAAAUGGAGCCGGUGGUCUACGCUGACAUUCGCAAAAACUGAAACAGACCGGGACAGCGGCGCCAAAACCCAAAAAAGAGAAUAAACCCCCACAGUAAAGUAUCAGACCUCUUCUAUCAGCUGCUCUCGGGAAGGGUGAGCCUUUUUAUCAUACAGGGAUGGUUUUAGUUGAAUGAUUUGUGUUUGUUUUUGGUUCUCUGGAAGCAUGACGCCGAUGUUCUUUAUGUGCUUUGAUGCAAAGACUCAACACUACCAUAUCCAUGUUCUCCAUCUGUCUGUUAAAACAGCAUUGAAAUAUGGAAUUAGCCUGAGAAAAAAAAGAGUUGAACCAUUUCCAGCGGGCACAGAAUUUUCUACAACCUUUCGACAUUUCCUCUUGCUCUAACCCGUGACUUUUAAUGCAAAUAGUAGAAAAAAAGGACAAAUUGUAGAUCAAAUAGGGAUGGGUAUGCAACAAAUGUGUAUCAUUAUUUUUGUUGCAUUACACAAGGCAUACAAUAUUGAAAACCAUUUGCAUGACAGUGAAAGGAAAUUCUCCCCUCUUUUGUUUUUUUAAUUAAUUUCAAAAGAUCUUUGAAAAAAAAAAUCUGGUAUUUAAUGUUAAAGCUGCGUUACAUCUCAAUUGCUAAUGCAAAGAAAGAGGGAAAUGUCGCUCUCUGGUGGUCUGUAAAUUGCAGACGACACAGAGGAAUGUGGCUCUAUUUGCUCGUUUUAAAAAUCCAUCCAUCCAUCCUUUCUUUUUCUACCGCUUGUCCCUUACGGGGUCGCGGGGGGUGCUAAAAGAAAAAGAUAAAACAUGUUUCCAGGGCUUUUUAAUUAAUUUUCACAUGGCAAAAUAGUGGUUCUCAAACGUUACACACCAAGUACACUCUCAGAAAAAAUGUUUAACUUCAAAUAUGUGACUUAUAUACUUGCAAAUAAUUGGAUUGAAUGACGUAAGUCAAACAUUCAACAUUUCAGCAAGUCUAAUUCACUUUCAGGGGAUAAGUAUAUACAUUUGUACGAUUAUUUCAUAUGUAUAAGUCUAAUAUAAUUUUUAUAAUAAGUAAUACGAGUACCACAGUUUGAUAGUUGAUGCAAAUAAGAGCAAAUGGCGCUCUUUACUGGGUUUUUUCAGUCUUUACACCAGGCAAAAAGUAUGUUUAACUACUGUACUGCAAGUAAAUUAAAGUGUUUUUUCAAAUUAAUGAUGUACUCUGCAAAGGAAAAUGUCGCCCUCUGUUGAUUUUUAAAGGUAGUGUUAGGGCAGACGACUUUAUUGCUUCCAUUGUGGGGUUUGGCGCCCUCUACUGGUCAUGGCCAUGCAGUGAAACCGACUGUGACUUGCUUGUUGGUACAAAAAGAAAACCCUCAUGAUUAGAUUAAAUUAAUCAUGCCCAUCCCUUAACUUAUCUGCAAAAAAAACAAAAACGUAACCACGCAGAAAAUAUAUUUAUUUAUGCCGGCGGCCGAAAAGAAAACUGUGGUGCUGCAUUCAGGUACAGUUGGAAAUCAAAGUAACAAAUGAGUGAUGUUUUGAUGUUGUUAAAAAAAAAAAAAAAAAUCCUCCACACAAUAACCACCUUGUACGCAUGCAGCCGUCAGGAAGCUAACGUUGUUACUGUGAACGCACGUUGUGUAACCUUCUGGCAUGUUGCUGUUGUGUCUCUUUAAUUCAAAGUUUUCCCCUCAGCGGAGCAAUUUUUGUCCUUGCGUAGAUCAAACAUGUAAGUAAUCAUCUGUAAAAUAAUAUUUUUGUUCUGAAUGUUUUUGUGUACGUUUCACUGAGGGGAAAAUCCGAAGCGAGCGCUCACUUUGAGGGGGAAUAGCAAAAUACUGAAACACUGUUUGCAUGCAAUCUACUAACUCGGUCAUCCAAAAAAAAAAAAAACGGGCCAAAUAUCUCAUUCAUUUUUUUUUACGUUCCAGCUUUAAAAUGUUUUUUUUUUUUUGUUCUGUUGAAGCAUUUCAAGCCAAAUUCCUUUUGUUAAUGUGAAAUGUGUGUGUGUGUGUGUUUAAAACUGUCUGAACUGCCUUUGUCGUCAUUCCCCGCUGCAGUAAACGUCCACGCUGACAGUAAUUGUACAGGAAACACUCGUAAUGUAAAGUAGUGCUCUUUACUGUAACUCGCUCAUUCCAACAUUUUUUGUGUCUUUUUGUGUGUCUUUUUUUUCACAACUGCGCAUACAGUCUUAAUUAUUAUUUGCCAAGCGCUUGCAGAAAGUGGCACGCUUAUACUCUUCGAUACAACGUUGACAUAGUGCAGUAAGGAAAUGAACCACCAGAUGUCAGCAGAGAGCGUCUGGGUCCACUUAUUAAUACAAACUCAUAAGUACCGUGUUUUUCGGAGUAUAAGUCGCUCCGGAGUAUAAAUCGCACCUGCCGAAAAUUCAAAAUAAAGAAGGAAAAAAACAUAUAAGUCGCACUGGAGUAUAAGUCGCAUUUUUUGGGGAAAUGUAUUUGAUAAAACCCAACACCAAGAAUAGACAUUUGAAAGGCAAUUUAAAAUAAAUAAAGAAUAGUGAACAACAGGCUGAAUAGUUGUACGUUAUAUGAGGCAUAAAUAACCAACUGAGAACGUGCCUGGUAUGUUAACGUAACAUAUUAUGGUAAGAGUCAUUCAAAUAACUAUAACAUAUAGAACAUGCUAUACGUUUACCAAACAAUCUGUCACUCCUAAUCGCUAAAUCCCAUGAAAUCUUAUACGUCUAGUCUCUUACGUGAAUGAGCUAAAUAAUAUUAUUUGAUAUUUUACGCUAAUGUGUUAAUAAUUUCACUCAUAAGGCAAAACUAUGAAAAAAACUGCGACUUAUAGUCCGAAAAAUACGGUAAGAGUUUUUACUAUAUCUCAAAAUUUCAACUUUUUGUUUCAUACUGUAAUUAUUACUUAUUUAUUGAACAUUAUAACAAUAUCUCGAAAUGUUGACUUUUUAUACCAACUACGACUCUCAACAUUUUGGACAUUUUGUCUCAAAAUUGUCUUAUCUCAAAAUAGGUCCAAAAUCAAUGGAGUUAACAGCUGUGGCUGUAGGCAACCUUCCAAUUAACGCCAGACGAUAACAGUAUCUGCAUUAUAAUAAGCACUCCAAAAUGAAAUACAUUGUUAUUAAGAGAAUGCCAACGCUAUCGAAAAAAUGUGCAGAUGCUACAAAUGAAAUGGACAAGUCGACUUCCUGUCCCUCUGGAUUUUUUUUUGACUACAUGGACGUGGAAAAACGCCAACUCGUACAGGCCGGAAUUCGAUAUUGGAGCAUAGCUCGUUAGCUUAGCAUGUUAGCAUGUUUGUUCCAACAUGUUGUUUCGUUCCUCAAACCUUUUUAACCAAAGUCGAUGUUGCCGUUAUGAAAUACUCCCGACAAUCACUUUCAACACAAUGAUGGAAAGUAGCCUCGUUAGUGCAGCAGUCAAGUCGUUCGUUCCGACAUAUUUUCCGAUCUUUCUGAAAAAGAACUUACAUUUUAAGGCCUAGGUCUUUUUUUAACAAAAAAGUCGGUCAUUAGUGUCGUUCGUGACCCCACAAGGUGAAAAAUUGCCAAGUGGACACGGUGGGAAAAGCGAGAAAAUUCUAGUUUUUACUGGCAAGAAUUUGAAUCGGGGUGUUGUUUGCAUCCUGACCCUUGCUGCUUUCUUUCGACCGCAUUGACGUGGAAAAAAGCCAGCUCUUACACGCUGGAUAUCGAUAGCUAAGCAUGUUAGCAUAACAUGUUACCACCCAUUUGUUCCAACAUUUCUAAUUCCAUUCUUUAACCUUUUAACAAUAAAGUUGGUCAUUAGCAUUGUUCAUGUCCUCAGAGGCUGAAAAAGAGUGACAAUGCCAGUUUUUACAGGCAGGAAGUAGAACACCCGGGCCUUGUUGGUGGUGUGUUAGCGUGAUUUUGUUCAAACGUAAUUUCCGAUUGUUCUCAAAACAAUUUGUGGCGAUGGAAGGUGAACACCAGGGUCUUAUUAGCUCAGCAUGCUAGUAAUUGUUCGCUGCGACAUAGUUCCCGAUCUUUCUUAAAACAAAGUGAACACUUCGGGGCGAUGGAACGUGAGCACCAGGGUCUUGUUAGCGCAACAAGCUAGUAAUUGUUUGCUGGGACAUAGUUCCCAAUCUUUCUUAAAACAAAGUGAACACUUCGUGGCGAUGGAAUGUGAACACCAGGGUCUUGUUAGCUCAGCAUGCUAGUAAUUGCUCAUUACGACAUAGUUUCCGAUCUUUCUUAAAACAAAAGUGAACACUUUGGGGCAAUGGAACGUGAACACCAGGGUCUUGUUAGCUCAGCAUGCUAGUAAUUGUUCACUGCCACAAAGUUCCCGAUCUUUCAUAAAACAAAGUGAACACUUAGGGGCAACGGAACGUGAACACCAGGGUCUUUUUAGCUCAGCAUGCUAGUAAUUGUUCCUUACGACAUAGUUCCCGAUCUUUCAUAAAACAAAGUGAACACUUCGGGGCAAUAGAACGUGAACACCAGGGUCUUGUUAGCUCAGCAUGCUAGUAAUUGCUCAUUACGACAUAGUUUCCGAUCUUUCUUAAAACAAAAGUGAACACUUUGGGGCAAUGGAACGUGAACACCAGGGUCUUGUUAGCUCAACAUGCUAGUAAUUGCUCAUUACGACAUAGUUUCCGAUCUUUCUUAAAACAAAGUGAACACUUUGGGGCGAUGGAACGUGAACUCUAGGGUCUUGUUAGCGCAGCAUGCUAGUAAUUGUUCACUGCGACAUAGUUCCCGAUCUUUCUUAAGAAAAAGUGAACACUUUGUGGCGAUGGAAUGUGAACAUCAGGGUCUUGUUAGCGCAGCAUGCUAGUAAUUGUUCGCUGCGACAUAGUUCCCGAUCUUUCAAUUGUUCAUUGCGACAUAGUUCCCGAUCUUUCUUAAAACAAAGUGAACAUUUCGUGGCGAUGGAAUGUGAACACCAGGGUCUUGUUAGCGCAGCAAGCUAGUAAUUGUUUGCUCCGACAUAGUUCCCCAUCUUUCAUAAAACAAAGUGAACACUUUGGGGCGAUGGUAGGUGAACACCAGGGUCUUGUUAGCUCAGCAUGCUAGUAAUUGUUCACUGCGACAUAGUUCCCGAUCUUUCUUAAAACAAAGUGAACACUUCACGGCGAUGGAAUGUGAACAUCAGGGUCUUGUUAGCGCAGCAUGCUAGUAAUUGUUUGCUGCGACAUAGUUCCCGAUCAUUC